GGGGAGUGACAAGUUAGAAGGCUAGCCAUUUCGAGAUUGAGCAUAGAUUUAGAAAUAAAUCAUGAUCUUGUAUUUGGAGAUUUUAUUGGAGAUUUAUGAUUGGAGAAAUUUUAAAGAUUUGAUCUUCAUAUUUUGAUGGUAUCAGAUUGUGGUGUGAUAAGUUCCGAGCCUUGUGCAUUUGUGAGACCCGUCUCACGAGUGCACGGCGUCUGUCGCGUCUCGAAAUCGGGUUUUGGGGCGUGACAACUGAGGUCGAGAAUGUCUUUUGAAGAGACACUUAGCAACGACAGAGUGAGGGUGAGGGUUGAGGAGGUAGAGAGUAGGGAUUUGGGGGUGCCGUCGAACAUUCUGGAGAGAGAGGAUGGGAGAGAGCCGUGUUUCAACCCUGAGGAGGAAGUUGUUAGUGAGGUGGCAGGGUAUGAAACAACUUUGGAGAAUAGGGGUAGUUUGGCCCACUUGGUUGAGAACUAUGGGGUGUCCGGGCGUGUGUUGGUGAGGCCGGCGGGGAGUAGAGAGAGGGCGUGUUCGGCCUCGGGGGACCACUGGAUGCCUCUCUACUCCCAUUACCUAGCGGUUGGGUUGCGGUUUCCUCUCCCAGACCUAUUGGUGUGGUUGUUGUUAGAGAGUGGUCUGGGAUUGACGCAACUCACCCCAAAUGCUGUGAGGUUGGUGGUGGCGUUUGUAGUAUAUAGCCGAAGUCGGGGGGUGAGUUUUCCUACUGCUAACGUAUUCAAGUACUUUUACAUCUUGAACGCUGGUAGUAGUAGGGAGAAUGGGUGGUACUAUUUUACGGGCCGGGUAGCGAAUAAGCAAAGGAGGGGUUUGUUUAGCGCCGGGCCGUCUUCCAUUAAAGGGUGGAAAGAUAAGUUCUUUUUUGCGGAUGACACGGAGUGGGAUAAGACUGAUGCUGAGGUAGAGCACCUAAGUCGUUGGAAGGCGAAAGGGUUAAACCUCAACGAGUAUAGUCUGACCCCGGGGGAGAUAGAGGAUGUGGAGGAGUUGGAAAGGGGGGGUGGGUUUGCUGGACGUUAUGGAAUAUACGAGCCAGAGGAUGUUAGACGCGAAGAAAUGAACAAGUUUUUGGACGCCGCCGGUGGAGCUGGAAUUCCAAAGAAGGGAAGAGGGAAGAGAGGCGAGGUCAGGAGGCGGAGGGAGGAGAUUUCGAUGCCUCAAGCCGAAGUGGGAAACUUGGCCAUUUCUCAGCCUAGCCAUGUUGGGGGUGAAGUGAUGGUUGUUGAGGAGGGGCCCAUUGUGGCAAAGAGGAGGAGGCUAGAGGCCAUGGAGGAGAUAGAGGAGCAAAGAGGUUCAUCAAUACUUACUUCCCGGAGGUGGUCGCCAGCGUGCGAAGGACGAGGUGGCUGCCAGGGGUUCAGUUGGCGUUGUCCGUCAAACACUGGAGUUAUGGUCCUUUCAUCUCACUUGGAGCGUAAGGAUUCUGACUUUGUUAAGUGUUUGACGAGUUGGGGUGGUUUCACUGUGCAGGCUGUUAAUCUCGUGAAUGCCUUGGCCAACGAGCAUCACGAGAGUUUGAAAGAGAGGAACCAGAUGAGGAAGGAUAACGCCGAGCUCGUCAAAAAGAACAAGGAGGCCGAGGCCGAGGUGGCGAGACUGAAAGCGGAGAUGGAGGAACUCCGGAAAGAAAAUGCUACCUUCAAAAAGGACUCGGAGAUAUCGUACCAGAAGAGGAAGAUAUGCGAGGCUGAGCUCGAGAAGAGGGAGAAGGAGCUGGAGGAUGCAGGGAGGACAGUGGCUGAGUUAGAGCUCAAAGUUCACAACUCAGUCGAAGAGCAUGUGGAGGGGUUCCUGAGGUCCAGCACCUUCGAGGACAUCGUCAAUCUCUACCGUCUUCCCACUGCCAUCAUGGCCUUCUUUGACUGCCGGAAGAAGGUAAAGCUGCAAUAUCCUGCUGUGGACGUGACGAAGAUUACCUUCGGAGAGCAGGAAGGGGAGGUGGAGGAGGACGGAGAGAGCAGUACUGCUGACUUCCGCCCAGAGAUAACGCUGAAGUGGGAGAGGGAUAGCAGAGGUCAAAUCGUCUUACCUCCCAAGUUCAGCUUUGAAUUCAUGGCAGUGGAGGAAGAGGGAACCGAAGGUGGCGAGGUUACCGAAGGUGCUGAAAAGUCAGCUAAAGGUGCUGACCAGCCAAGUCAGCCUGCUGAGAACCUCGAGCAGCUUGUGGCCAACCCGGAUCAAACUGCUUGCUAAAUUUGACCUCGGUUUUUUUUUUUUUUUUUUUUGUGAGAUUCUUUGUAAACGAUUAGAAUUUAAUGAAAUGAAAUUGAUUUG